GAAGAUGAGUUGUUUUUAUGCUAUUUGAAAUGAUGAAUUAUUCUAGAAAUUAACAUUUUGGAAGCUUUCGAACACAGAACGUCGUAAUUCAUAUCAAAAUAUGAGUUUCAAUCAGUUUGAAUCUGAGUUAUUGAGCGAGUGGUUGAUCGAAAUGCAAGAUAAUGAAACAAGUUACGUUGAACCAGUAUUAGAUGAAAGGUGCACCAUCCUCAUGAAAGAAAUAUGUAACAUGCUCAAACAAGAUGUCCAUGUUUUCAUUUACGCUGUGAAUAUUCUGCAGGAGUAUAUAAUCAGAAAAGCUAAAAAAGCAGAAGAAAUACAAGAUUCUGCUCUUUCGACUGUAGUGGCCAUUUUCAUAUCCAGCAAGUAUAUAGGAGAUCAAGAUCUGAAAAUUACUGGUAUUGAAGCAAUUUUGAAAAAAAUUACAGGUCAACAGUAUAGCUCCAAGAAGAUUAGACAAUCUGAAGUUGAAUUUUUGAAUGAACUAGGAAAUAACUUACCCAUCCAAAAUGAUGUGGAUGAUUUGAAUACCUUCAUUGUACAGUUUGAAAGGGAAUGUAAAAUCAAAGCUUCAAUAACUCUAUUAUGUUUAGAUGUACUGGAAAUGUUAUAUUUAACAAAGAAACAGUGGUUCAAUGAACUCAAAAACAUGUAUACUAUGAGUGAUGAAGGCUUUCAGAUAUUUAAAAAGGUAAUGACAUGCAGGUUCUACUUACCUAUUGGAAUAUUAGUGUAUGUAUUCAAAAAUACUUCAUACAAUCACAGUUUUGAUGUAGAUACUAUAUGCAGUGAUCUGGCAAAUCGUUCCCAAAUACACGUUGAUCACAUCAGUGCUUUGGUAUCAACAAUUGGCAGUGUUUUCCAGGAAAUAAUGCUUAGUGUUUAAAAAACUAUAAUCU